AUGGAUGGAGUUGAGAUUGAAGAUUGUGUCACUAUGGCACAAUUUAAUGAACUAAAGCAAAGCAUGGAAGACAAGCAAGAUCGGUUGUCACAAGGUCAUCAGGCCCUUAUGGCUGAAAUCAGAGAACAUCGCCAACCUCGUGAUAAUGCAAAUGAUAGUCAUCAUGAAGAUGAAGUUGAUGAAACGGAAGAAGAAGCUGCUGCUCGACUUGUAAGAGAACAACGGCGACAUAGAGAGCGAGCUGCUGCACAUGCGAGAAGGCCUCUACCUCUAGGGCGUGGAGAUGGUGGUAGAGGUGCUGAUUGUGAUCAUGGGAGACGUCUUGGACUAGAGGAAAGUGGGACUGAAGAAGAGGACGACGAAGAAGAAGAGGUUGACCAGCCCCGUAUUGAUGGUCAUCGUCACUGA